UCGAAAUGUUGCUUAAAAUCUUUUUCUUCGCUCUUUGCGUCUCCUUUUCUCUAGGUUACGUUCAGGAGCUUAUGUUCUUCACUGAACCUAACGCUGUAGGGACUGAGCUGAUAUUCCGCACGAAAGAGCCGCACCUCACACAAUACCAGUAUUUUUUGACGAACGUGAAAUCAUGGUGCUUCAAUGGACACUGGAUUGGAUACACCGGGACAAACUACACCAUAGAUCAUACCUUGGUCGCAUAUUCUAGCCACGGAAAUUUGCUCUGUUACAAUACAACGCUUUCAACCACAAUGUCGGUGCGAUAUUGUGGACCGACCGACACUUCCACCCCUUCCGUUACAAUCUUCAGCGAGGACUAUAAUUCCAUUCCUGGUGGUGUCGAACGAACGUUUACCAGCCAAGCGGAGAGAAUAAUUUUGGCUUUGUUCCAAAACAUAUGAUCAUUACGGGAAGGUCAAGUUGGACAGGAUUUGAGAACGAGGAUUUUACCGGAAACUCGACCUGCUUCACAAGUCCGGAGCUAAUUUCCCGAAUCAAUUUAGCCAAUAGACCGAUAAAGUCGCUCAUCAGAGGAUGCGAUGCGAAAUACGGGAGUGCUAGGUUAGGUUACAAUGCUUAAAACUCGUAUAAUUUGAUGAGGAUUGACAUAUCUGGGGUUUAGCUGUAUAUUUAAUGAUAUUGAUGCUUUACCAUAAUAAAUUUAUGAUACAUAUUUGAAAAGAGAGAUAUU